AUGGGCAGUCCGCCUCAGGUGCUGCGGCGCCAGCAGCCGGCCAAGGUGAUGGCAGAGCAGGGUGGCGAGGCGGUGCUGGAGGUGGCGCUCUGUAGCGACCCACUGCCCACGCUGGCCAACUGGCACUGGGGCAGCCUGCAGCUGCAGGCUGGCCAGAGCAAGGGGCGCUUCGUCGCCGAGGAGAUCACUCAGGAUACGACAGAAGACUGCUACCGGGCGCGGCUGCGGGUGCUGCAGGUGACGGCCGCCGAUGAGCGCGACUAUUACCUCAAGGUGCAGAACGACCGCGGCUCUGACCAGUACGGCCUGGCGCUGCGGGUCAAAGAAAAGGGAGGUUUCAAGCCAACUGAUCUGGAAAGCGAAAAGAGUGAGGUAGAGAGCCGGACGGAGGGCGCCGCCCGCCAGGGCCUGGGCGCUAUCCCACCGGACGCGCUGUACUCGGGACCGAAGAAGCCGGGCGGUCAUGGCCAGCACGGUGGUCACGGUCUGCGAGAGGCAGCCAAGCACCGUGGUGAAGACGGAGACAGUGGGAAAAGUGAUAGCUCGCGAGGAGGCAUCAUCUACGCCGACCUCCAGCUGCCAAAAACCUCCAACAACGGUUCAAUGAGAAAGUACCGCAACGAACGACACCUACUGCCCAGCGAGCAGAGACAUCUAGCGGGCGCAAGCAGGAACGAGCCGGCGCGGACCGAGUACGCCGAGAUAAAAUUCGUUCCAAAAUUGACGAACUAUGGCAGCCACGCCGACGUCACGCGCGCCUGGGACAUGCUGCAGAGUGGCUUCCGCUGCUGCGGCGUCGUCAGCGGCUUCGACUGGGCACGGAACAACUCGCUGACGACGGUCGUGCCCUGGAGCUGCUGCCGCCGGCUGCCGAACGGCACGAGCGAGGCGUGCGAGGCAGCGCCCACCAACGCCGACUCGUACUACAGUGCAGCCUCCUGA